AGGGGAAGAGCCUCCUAUAAAUCAGCCCACACUAGACAGUCCUGCCAGCAGAGCUACAGAUCAACUGUGGAGACAACCUCAUUGCCACCAUGAACUUCUCCGGCAAGUACCAAGUGCAAAGCCAGGAAAACUUUGAGGCAUUCAUGAAGGCAAUUGGUCUGCCUGACGACCUCAUCCAGAAGGGCAAGGACAUCAAGGGAGUGUCGGAAAUUGUGCAGAACGGGAAGCACUUCAAGCUCACCAUCACCACUGGGUCCAAAGUUAUCCAAAACGAGUUCACCAUCGGGGAGGAAUGUGAGCUGGAGAUCAUGACUGGGGAGAAGGUCAAGGCAGUGGUUCAGAUGGAAGGUGACAAUAAACUGGUGACAAGUUUCAAAGGCAUCAAGUCCAUCACCGAACUCAACGGAGACACAAUCACCAAUACCAUGACAUUGGGUAACAUUGUCUUCAAGAGAGUCAGCAAGAGAAUUUAGACAAGUCGGCAUUGCAUAUACUUUUACUGUGUAAAAUUAAUGCAAUAAAGUAAACUAUGUUUUUCAAAAAA